CGUAGCCUAAGAUUGCACACAAGGUCUAAUCAGCAGCAGCACAGAGCAGGUAGUGGGCAGGAGGAGGAAGAGAAGCCUCUUUGUCAGAACACCGGUGCUCCGCGUUAAAAGCAGCAGCUGCAGCAGCAAUGAGCGAAUCUCAUGAAAGAAGCCCAAAUGAAGCGGAUGGAGUUAAAUCAUUCGUUUGUGUUUUCACGGACAAUUAGUAGGAUAAUUCAGUGCCACUCCGUGUUUUCCGUGAUAUCCUGUAGUUUGGCGAUAAUAUCUGCGUUCCUGCUGACCAGAGAAGCUGCUGACGCUCUCCAGGUGAUUGGUGGAAGUGUGACAGUGGUUCAAGGAGGCACCGCUAUCUUACCGUGCAAUGUCAUCAAUACCAAUGAUGACCUGACACAGAUUACCUGGCAGAGGAAGACGAGAGAAAAACCUCACAAUGACAAUUUCCUAACUAUCUUACCCAGAGAGGGAGCGCAGUUUGUCAAUGGACGUGAUGAUCGAUUUAAAUAUAUCGGGAAUUUUAAUGACAAAAAUGGAACUCUCCAGUUGUCCAAUGUUACCCUGAAGGAUGAAGGCAGCUACACGUGCAUCUUCACGUUGUUUCCCAGUGGAAAUCAGAAGACAGAUAUACCUCUGAACUUGCUUGUGCCUCCUUUCACAAGCGUCAAGGACAACCUUCCCACUUUGGGCACAGAAGAGGUUUUAUUUGCUACCUGCACGGCUGCUGGCUCGAAGCCUCCUGCAGAGGUGAGGUGGCUCACUGGUGCUUUGGGAGACAAAGUGAGGAUGACAACAAACUCCACUCAGUAUGACAAUGAUACAACUACCACAGUCAGCUCUCUGUUUGGCGUUCCUACGAGAGAGAUUAACGGUCACCAGGUCCAGUGUGUCAUCAGUGGUGAUUCCCUGUCUACAGAAAAAAGUCUGCCGUUCACCAUACAGAUCUACUUCCCACCCACAGAAGUGAACAUUAGAGCAAUUUCAGAGGACUCAUUUGAGUGUGUGACAGAAGCCAGCCCAAAUGCAAAAUUUAUCUGGAGCAGAUCUGGCCAGUCUUUGUGGCAGCCUGGUGUCAAAGCAGAUGGUGCAAAGCUACAACUGCUGAGUCUGACCUCUGAUCUAAGUGGCCUUUAUCAGUGUGAAGCAUCUAAUGCAUAUGGAAGUAAACAUGGUCAGCUCUAUGUGCAUGUAGCAUCAGGAGCAUGUUCUGCUGCUUGGGCCUUGUUUGGUCUUUUGCUUUCCCUGAAUGUCAUUGGGGUUGCAGCAUGGUGCUUUUAUAAAUAUGGACGUUUUCAAAGGAAUUUGUCUGACAGUUAUGGAAGGUAUGAAGUCAAAUGGAGGAGCAACGGGAAUGCUUACACUUCACUCUUAUGGAAAUUUUUUGAUCAUCAUACCAAAGAUAUAAAAAGACUAACAGAUAAUUCUCACUGAUAUGACUUUUUUCUGCAAACCUUAUCACGCCUGUAGUCUUUGUUGAACACUUGAGGAUGUGGACAAGUGGGUGAAAAAUUUGUCUGACAGAUAACUCAAGCAGAGAAAAACAUCCUUGCAGAGGUGAGAAGGGUCCGGGUGUUACUAAAGGACAAGAUCACAAAGGCUAGGGACAAUUACAGGAGGAAGCUGGAGUGGAAACUACAGCAGAACCGAAUGAGAGAGGUGUGGAGUAGGAUGAAGACAAUCACUGGAAUCAGGCCAACCAACAGCAGGGGAGCUGAGGGCGGUGAGGAAAGAGCUGAUGAGCUGAAUUUGCAGAUUUGACACUGUAGUGAAUCCUCACAUCCCCACAACCUCACCUGUAGACAGCCUGGAAUCCAGUCAAUAAACUGAUCCUUAAGGCCAGUAAUGUAGUGUGUAUAGAGCUGCACUCUCUUAAGGUGGUGUUGGAGAGGCCAAUGUUGUCCAAGAUAAGAACAAUGUUGGACAAUACCUCCCACCCACUCCAUGACAUGCUAGCUAGCCACAGGAGCACAUUCAGUGAGAGACUGAGAUUACCAAAAAGUACCACCAAACGACUCAGGAAAUCAUUCCUGCCUGUGGCCAUCUCCCUGUACAACUCCUCCAUCUAACACACUGUAAAAAUGCAAUAGUUACAUCCCUUUUGCACAGGCUCCUUUCUACUUGGUAAUGUUGCUGUCUAUUUUUUUUAAUUUAUUCGUAAUCACAUCUGUCAAACCUGGAUAUUUAUUGUUAUUAAUUGGUGAUUUGUAUAUAUUGUACAAUAGAGAUUGACAGACCACGUGACUUUCGCGCAUUGCAUGUUGGGUACCCGUGGCAACAGAAUCACCGGUAAUCAUUAAUUCUGCGGUUUUAAUCCCUACUUGCAUUUUAUUUGCCCCAAAAACAGUUAUGUACAAAACGACGGAGAACACGGCAGGUCCGUACAAAGACAGACUUCACGAAAAGGCAAAAAAAAAAAAAGGACGAGGAAAAAAUCAAAGGAGUGAAAGGGUUAGACCCAUACGAGCAUACAGAGUGGAGUAAGGACGUUAGCGUGAUGCCCAACUUUCAUCACGGACAUAUUUAUUAUAUGGUCCUAAGUGUGAGUGCAUACACUCAGAAGAUGUUUAUUAACUUCAGAUCCCUGCAACAAGCCCAGGUCCAGUUUACUUUGGUGAUUUGGACUAUUCCAUUUCAGAGCUGUUGUUAAAUUUUUUUCCUUUGUGUUGGCCUGUAUAGGAGAUAAUCUAUUUGUCGUUUCAUGUUGUAGUAUUACACAACAUUUUCAGAUCUAAUAGAAAUAAAAUGAGUGUUUCAUAAUUCAUUCAAUUUAUUGUCUUUAUUUAUGACUGGCAUUAUUGUUUCAUUCUAUUAUAGAAUCUUACAAGAAAGAGGCAAAAUUGUAAAUAUCCAUUAUGCUUUAUUAGCUGCUUCAGUGAAAAACAAAUCAACAAUGCAAAAAAAAACAACAACAUACUGGAAAACAGUUAUUCAUCACUUGAUUGCUUCAAUACAACACUUGGGCACAUAUAUGCGGGACGUUUCGUGGCUGUUUUGAUAUCGCUCUCUCUUAACUGAUCAAAUCUUUUUUGUAACCUACAUCAACAAUUAUGUUAUGAUAAAUUAUGUAAUAACUACAACAGAAGACUUACCUUUGUGGAAAUGCUUGGAGCAGACUAACAUGUGUGCUGGAACGUUAUAUUUGGUCUUCGAAUGGCUGCAAUCCAGGCCAUCCGUCAGCUUUUUGUUGCAUUGGAAACAUGGCUUGAACAAUUUCUCUUCCACGAUGUAAUCCGAUAAAAAAACAAUCUCUUUACCCAUCGGCUUCCCGUGGCUGUCAUGGGACCGGCUAUUGCAAUUAAUAACACAACACCUUCUUGCCAUUUUUUGUGUUUCUUUUUAUCGCUGUGUGACCGCUUGCCACGCGUUCCCAGAAUCCUUUGCGGUUUUACCCCGGAAUGACGUCAUUUUCAAUCUCUAUUCCUUAUAUCUUAACAUAUUGCAUGGCUAACAGUCUAGUCUGUUUUUGUUUUCAAGAUUCUUUAUUUGUCACAUGCACAGUUAUACAAGUACAACAUGCAGUGAAAUCUAUCCUGAGACGCUCCUCGACUGUGCAAAAGGGGGAGAGACAAACAUUAUAUAGAUUAAGUGAAUAUAUACACGGGGGACAUCAUAGUGCAAUAAGUGAUAUUGUGUGCAGCAAGUGGGUGAUUUAUGUACAGUAAGUAGCAUUUUAUGCAGCAAGUAGGUGAAUUUUGUACGUUACAUGAAUGAAAUAAAAUAGACAAUCUGAAAAUUUUAUAUGAAAAAUCUGAAAUGUACAUUGUGCCGGUGGGUGUUAGUCUAGAAGAGAAUCCUGUCUCAGUCAGUUUUAUUUUCUGUUUCGGUUUUCUUAAUGUUACUGUACUGGAGCAACUGUAAGCCACAUAAUUUCUCUAGGGAUUAAUAAAGUAUUCUGAUUGUAAUUCUGAAAA